AUGGCGGAGGCCAUUGGCGCUGCGAAUGGCGUGGCCAGUCUUUUCAACACAACUCUUGCCUGGUUCGAAUAUGUCUACAUCGCCAAGGAAACCGGUUCCAGACUCCAAUCCCUCAUCCUCCAACUCGACAAUGCGCAGCUGAGGUUGAGCCGCUGGGGAGAAGCUGCCGGUCUCAGCGGAACUCACGUCGAGGACGAGGAAUCGGCCUCCGACUCUCUCGUCCUAAACGGGGAACAAAAGAAGGUAGCCAUCAGCACUUUCAACUUCAUCUGUUCGAGAUUCGAGAAGUGCGAAAAGAUUUGCCACGCCUUCCGCAACGGCAAGACAGAGAACGACCCCAAGGUUAAGGAGCUGGAAACCCCGCUGUCACGAGCGCGAUGGUCGCCCGCCAACAAAUACCUCCAUGAAACCAUGCGGAGGAUUGUUGAAGGUCGCAAAAACAAAAUCGGUGUCCUCCGCCGGGCCAAAUUUGCCAUUUACGAUGAAAAUCAUCUCAAAGAGCUUGUGAAGGAUAUCAACGAUCACAUCGAUUCCUUGUAUAAGAUCUUUCCUCUGCCCGACGAUACCUUCUCUCUGGACAAGCAAACUCAGCAGACCAAGCAUGAAAUGACCGAGCUUCUUUCGGUUAUGGAGAUGCUGGGUUCUACGGUUCAAAGUCGAGACAAAUUGCUUGGGUCGGCAAUUGGAGUAAUUUUAAACCAGAAGGCAAGUGCAUAA